AUGAUGAUGAUGAAAACGAUGAUAGCGAAGCCAAUAGUAAUGAAGAUGAUGAUAACGAAGAUAAAGAUGAAGAUAAAGAAGAUGAAGAUAAAGAAGAUGAAGAUAAAGAAGAUGAAGAUAACGAAGAUAAUAGUAAUGAUGAUAAAGAUAAUGAAGAUGAUAGUAAUGAAGGUGAUGUCAAA